AUGGUUCAGGCUUUCUCAGACCAUUACGGCUCUUGUAGCAACAAUUUUGCUGAAGCUAAAGCAGUCUUGCAGGGUUGCAGCAUUUGCUGUAGCUUGGGAUUUCAGAAUUUUAUUGUGAAGUCAGAUUCCAUGCUUAUUGUGAAUAUGCUCAACAAAUCUUGUCAACCUCACUGGCAAAUCAGUCAUAUUCAGGACCAAAUUUGGGAGAUUUCAAAUUCCAGAAAUGUUCUUUUUGUACAUACUUUUAGAGAGGGCAAAGGCAUUGCUGAUUACUUGGCCAAUCUAGGAGUACAUAACAAAUCUCUUACUUUCUUCAAUGAAGUUGUUUCUUUUCCUAAUCAGGUUAGAGCUUCUUUGAAGUUUGAUCAAGAUGGCGUUCCUAACUUGAGGUUUAGACCAAAGAAGAACUACUUUUGCAUCAAUGAUGCUAUCACAUGA